AUGCUAUCCAAAACAGUUUGUUGGUUACCAAUUGCAUCGAAACCUUUGAAGCCAUCCAAAAACCAGUUGUUGGUACACAAGAGCAACACGCUACCUCGCACAAAGAGCACAUCCACCUCAAAGGAGAGCCCCACUUCUUCACCCAAGAGGCAACAUCACAGGCGGCAACUAUCUCAGCCAGACGAUGUCUCCUUUUUUCCUCCUGCCCUAAAUUAUCCCUUUUCCCUGUAUUUUCCCUUUCUCCUUUCCUCCUCCCUUCUUUUUCCUCCUUCUCUUUCCCUGUGUUCCUCCUCCCUUCUCUUUCCCUGUAUUCCUCCUCCCUUCUCUUUCCCUGUAUUCCUCCUCCCUUCUCUUUCCCUGUAUUCCUCCUCCCUUCUCUUUCCCUGUAUUCCUCCUCCCUUCUCUUUCCCUGUAUUCCUCCUCCCUUCUCUUUCCCCUGUAUUUCCCUUCCUCCCUGUAUUCCUCCUUCUCUUUUUCCCUGUAUUCCUCCUGUAUUCCUUCCCUCUUUCCCUGUAUUCCUCCUCCCCUUCUCUUUCCCUGUAUUCUUCUUUUCCCUGUAUUCCUCCCUUCUCUUUCCCUGUAUUCCUCCUCCCUUCUCUUUCAAGAGAAAUAAAUGACUGUCUUCACCUGAUAAAGCUAGAAGAACAAAGAGGCCAAAAUAUCAAGAGUUCACCAAAGAGAGAAAAACAACUCCCUGCCAGCUUCAAGAAUGUAGACAAAAAGUUGGCCAAUUUAAUUUUGAAUGAAAUUGUUGAUUCUGGUCCCCCAGUUGCAUUCAGUGACGUUGCUGGACAACAGACAGCUAAACAGGCCUUACAAGAAAUUGUUAUUUUGCCUUCACUUCGACCUGAGCUCUUCACUGGACUUCGGGCACCUGCACGCGGUCUCUUAUUAUUUGGACCACCAGGAAAUGGAAAAACCAUGUUGGCUAAAGCCGUAGCAAAUGAAUCCAACGCAACAUUCUUCAACAUAAGUGCUGCCAGUUUAACAUCAAAAUAUGUUGGAGAAGGGGAGAAACUGGUGCGUGCCCUUUUUGCUGUUGCAAGAGAACUGCAACCGGCUGUCAUCUUUAUUGAUGAAAUUGAUUCUCUUUUAUGCGAGAGAAGAGAAGGUGAAAACGAAGCCAGUCGUCGUUUGAAAACGGAAUUCCUGAUUGAAUUUGAUGGACUCAGCGGAAGUUCUGAUGACAGGAUCUUAAUCAUGGGAGCAACAAAUCGGCCACAAGAACUCGACGAUGCUGUGCUGCGACGGUUUGCAAAACGAGUGUAUGUAACGAUGCCUGAAAAUCAUACACGCAGGCAAAUGCUGGUACAUUUGCUAGCGAAACAUGGUAACCCUUUGACGAAUAAAGAAAUGGAGGGCCUUGCCAGACUGACUGAAGGAUAUUCGGGGAGUGAUCUGACAGCUUUGGCCAAAGAUGCGGCCUUAGGACCAAUACGCGAACUUUCCCCUGCUGAAGUAAAAUGUCUGGAUGCCAGCAAGGUCCGUUGCAUUCAGAUGAUUGACUUUUUAGAAUCAUUGAAGAAAAUCCGCAGGAGUGUCCCGAUUGAAAGUCUUGAGAAAUACGAAAAGUGGAAUCAAGAAUAUGGCGAUAUAACAACAUAG